AUGCAAACGAAUGACAAGAACAUCAAUCUAAAAGAACGAAGCGAAAAACGAAUUUAUCAUGUCGAAACUAUAAAACCACCUUGCCAAUUAAUAUAUGAAAAAACAAAUCUGGAGAACAAGGGCUUAAUCUCAGCAGAUC